GUUUUUUUGUUUGAAAAAUUAUAGAAUAGCUUGGAUAACCAUUCUGCAUAUGAAAACUAUUCGCUCCAUCCUCCAUCGAUCCAUUCGAUAGAUGUAAAGUGUUCCCUCUUGUAUACUUUAGUUCAUAUAUUCUUCUUUGUUUCACAUCCCAACUCUAUCUCAACUUGCUUCAUGGAUACACUAUUUUGCAAUUAUGACCUGAACAUCAAUGCAGUAGCAAUUAUCCAACAUGCCCUUUCUUCUCCAUCCAUGUCCGGCUGAUACAUAUACUGCAUACAUAAGCUGUUCACUUGCUGCUGGUGUAAAGAAUAGUAAAAUCACAUCUUAAGCUUGGCAUUUCAAUCCAAUAAGCCAUACUAUGGAUGGCUCAGUUUGGGUCGUGCAUUGUCUUAAACGGGUCAAAUCAAGAAAAUAAGAUGAAUGAAGAUUGGGUUUCAUGGGUCAAAUGGGGUUGAAACUUGAAAGUCCUAUUUAUACAACUUUCUGAGCUGUUCUUUUUAAAUAGUUACACAUUUGUUGUCAUAAAGUCUCCUUGUAAUCAUAAUUAACGCUGUAAUAUAAUCAGAUUUUUGAAAAGUAAAUUAGCGUCUGGACAACUUUAUUCAGAUUACAAUGGGACGUGAUAUUUAUAUGUCAAGGGUUAUGAAGUGGAAUUGAAGAACAACACAAAAGCAAAAGAAUACUCUGAGAAGGCAGCCGAAAACGAGGAAGCUGGUGGCCAUUACAAAUUUGGUGUAACGUAUCUUAAAGGUAUUGGGGUGAAGAAAGAUGUGAAGCGGGGUUGCAAGUAUUUCAUAGUAGCAACUAAUGCUGGUCAACCCAAAGCAUUGUACCAGUUGGCAAAGAUGUUCCACACCGGCAUACGGCUAAAGCGGAAUCUUCCAAUGGAAGGAUGUAAAGUUCGUGUAAUUGAGAGAGAUUUAACUGAGCCAGACAGGAUUGUAGGCGAAUUGUUACAACCAGGUGGAUACCUUAAGCUAAUUGAGUUGGGUCUUGAAGACUGUGUAGAGGAAAUAGAUGCUCAAAGGGUGAUUGGAUAUGCUCUGUUUAAAAAUGGAAGGAGCACCAGAAUAUCGUAUCCGUUGGAGAAGUUUCAUUCAAAUGUGUCUGGUAAAAGUUUUCACAAUGGGCGCUUUAUACAGAAGAUGCGAGAGAAAGCUUCUACUCUCCCUAAUGUAGAAUUGGAGCAAGGAACGGUGACAUCCCUUCUUGAAGAUGAAGGGACUAUAAGAGGUGUUCAGUAUAAAACUAAAUCUGGUGAAGUAUUGAAAACAUUUGCACCUCUUACCAUUGUGUGUGAUGGCUGUUUCUCCAAUUUGCGCCGUUCUCUUUGCAAACCACAGGUUGAUGUUCCCUCCUGCUUUGUUGGGUUGGUUUUGGAGAACUGUGAACUUCCUUAUCCAAAUCACGGGCAUGUUAUCUUAGCAGAUCCUUCACCGAUUUUACUUUAUCCCAUUAGUAGCAGUGAAGUUCGAUGUUUGGUUGACAUACCUGGUAAAAAGCUCCCUUCUCUUGCUAAUGGGGAUAUGGCAAAAUAUUUGAAGACCAGUGUAGCUCCUCAGCUGCCGCCAGAGGUCCAUGAUGCUUUUAUAGCUGCUAUUGAUAAGGGUUCUAUAAGAACAAUGCCAAACAGAAGCAUGCCGGCAUCACCUGUUCCUACACCCGGAGCACUUUUAUUGGGUGAUGCUUUUAACAUGCGCCAUCCUUUGACUGGUGGAGGGAUGACUGUUGCACUCUCAGAUAUUGUCGUGUUACGAGACCUUCUUAAACCACUGCAUGACUUCAGCGAUGCAGAUUCGCUUACCAAAUAUCUAGAAUCAUUCUACACCUUACGUAAGCCUAUGGCAUCUACUAUUAAUACAUUAGCCGGGGCUUUGUACAAGGUGUUUUGUGCUUCACCUGACCCAGCCAUGACGGAAAUGCGGGAAGCUUGCUUUGGCUACUUGAGCCUAGGGGGAGCUUGUUCAACAGGACCGGUGUCUCUACUUUCUGGGCUAAACUCAAGUCCACUUUCUUUAGUUUUUCAUUUUUUUGCUGUGGCUAUUUAUGGGGUUGGUCGUCUUUUACUACCUCUACCCACCCCUAAGCGGCUGUGGAUUGGAAUCAGGUUGAUUAUGGGCGCAUCAGCAAUCAUCUUUCCUAUUUUAAAAGCGGAAGGAGUGAGGCAAAUGUUCUUCCCUGCUAGUAUCGCAUAUCAUAGUGCUCCUCCCAAGAAGAGUUUGCAAUGAUAUUAGUUGAAGACGAUAAUAGCUUAUUAGCUACCAAAUUAGAAUAGAAAUCAUGUUGAGCAAGUGUAAAUUUUGAUAUACCCUAUUGAAAAUAUGUGUAUAUUUUUGUUUAUAGUACAGAAGAUGAAUGAUACAACAUUCAAUAUUUGUUCAUAAAAGGAAAUGUUCUCUUUAUGUGUCAAA